AUGGUAGAUUUCUGGAAACCACCGUCACUUGUCAACGAAACUGUAGAUUUUAUGGUAAAUUCGAAGUUCAGAGAUAAAUUGCACCAAUUUCUAGACGAACAUUCAAUUGAUUACAACAUAAUUAUUGAUGACGUUCAUCAAUUCUAUGCCAUCGCAUUAAGCUAUUUGCAACAAAUCGAUGAACUUACACCGAGACAGGCAAUAUUGUUUGGAAAUCAACGAAGAUUUCAAGAUGAGAGUUCAAGUAAGUUAGAUUUGGUGAUGGGCGAAUAUCAUUCUUAUGAUGCAAUCGUCUGGUGGUUGAAAAGCUUAGAGGAACGAUUUCCUGAGAUUGUGGAGGUCAUUUCUAUUGGAAUUACGGCAGAAGGGAGAAAUAUUUUUGGAGCUAAGCUUGGUACGAAGAAUGUUAAUAAAACAGGAGUUAUUUGGAUCGAUGCUGGAAUUCAUGCCCGAGAAUGGGCAUCUGUUCACACUGCUCUAUAUUUCAUCAAAAAACUGGUCACCGAUUAUUUUAUUGAUCCAAAAACAACCGAAUACUUUGAAUUAUUGGACAUUUAUAUAUAUCCAUGUUUGAAUCCUGAUGGUUACGAAUACACGCGAUCAGCACCCAACGAUCCUUCUGUUCGAUUGUGGCGUAAAAACAGAGGGUUGGGAGAGCAAUGCGAGCGCAGAGAUGGUAAGGAACGGUGCUGCCGAGGAGUCGAUUUGAAUCGAAAUUUUGCGUUUUAUUUCGCAGUCUCACAGUGCUAUUUCAAACGUUUUCUAGUAAUGAAUGUCACAUUUUCAAUUCCAGAAACAGGUUCGAGCUAUUCGCCAUGCUCAGAAAUUUAUCACGGCAAGUAUGCAUUCAGUGAAAAGGAGACAAGGGCUGUACGUGAUGCCGUAUUAUCCUUGCGUCAUCGAAUGAAAUCUUAUAUCACGCUACAUACUUAUUCUCAGUUGUGGGUUUAUCCAUAUUCUAAUAAACGAUUUGCAUAUUCAGACGAUGUGGAUGAUUUGAAAGCAGUGGCAAAGCAAGCAGUGGAAUCUUUACGUAGACUUUAUGGAACAAAAUAUCGAUACGGUACUGGACCCGAGAUUAUAUAUGCAUAUUCAGGGGGAUCAGCUGACUGGGCUAAGAAAACAGCUCGUGUCAAAUACUCAUACACAAUCGAACUUCGUCCUUCAUACUUUUGUACUUUACUAUUAAAUGAAGUUUCAAAUAUUGCAGCUUGGAAUGGUUUUGUUUUGGAUAAGCGACAGUUGAUACCAACUGGGAGAGAAACGUAUGAAGGAGUAAAGGUUGUUAUAGACAAAGUAAUUGCGGAAAGUCGACAUAGAGGUAUGUAUAUUUUGAUUAGCAAUUUCAUUUAA